AUGAUCACCCUCGGCAGUCUUGUGGGCAAGACCAACAUCAAAAUCAUCAGCAUCGUCACCACGCUGGUAUUCAUGAGCACGGUGAUGAUGGACCUCGUGGGCCGGAUGGGACAGCCACCACCACCACCCCCAAACAUGCUGGAUGGCCAGAGCCACAGCCACAGCCGGUCGAGUCGCGGGCGCUCCGGCAUUGGGAAACUGUCCAUGCUGUACGGCGAACCGAACUCGCUGUACGAACGGGCAUUGGCGGCGCAUCUGCCGCACAACAAGCAGUUUGGGUACAGCAUGUACGUGCUGAGAGAGAAGACGCUGCCGGGAUACUGGUCGAAGCCGGCCUAUAUUCUGGACCAAUUGCUGGCGGAGCUGGCGUUGCCUGAAGAGGAGCGUUUGCAGUGGCUGGUAUGGUUCGACGGCGACACCGUCCUGAUGAACCCCAAAAUUCCGCUCGAGAUCUUCCUUCCGCCGGACGAGGCGUGGAGUCACGUCCAUGCGCUGGUGACCAACGACCACCGAGGCCUCAACAACGGCGUCUUUUUCCUGCGGGUUCACGAAUGGUCGGUCUGGCUGAUGACGGCCUGUUUGGGCACCGAGAUCUUUGACCCGGACAUUGACUUGGAGUUUGGCGAUCAGUCGGCCAUGGGCAUGUGGUUGAAGAAGGACCGGUUCCGCAACAACACCAUGCAUGUGCCCCAGCGUUGGUUCAACGCGUACGCCGGGUAUCGCGGUGAGACCGACGGCCUCUUCGCCGACCCCAUGGCGCCGCAGACCAAGUUCCGGCACAACUCGAUCAAGGAAGGGGACUUGCUCGUGCAUCACGCCGGGCACAAGUCUCUGCGCGCGCAACGGAUGGCGCCGUGGAUGGACGUGGCCGAACAACACCUGCCCACAUGGGAGCUGGACCUCAACCAGACCACGUACGAACAGGAGAUCCGCGACUUUUGGGCCAAGGAGGCGCCACAGGAGAAGAAACGCAUGGACGAGCUCAUCAAGAAGGAAGACCAGAAGGCGCAAGAAAAGGCCAAACAAAAGGAAGCCGCGGCACAGAAAAAGCAGAAGGAGAAGGAGGACGAGGCUAAGAAGGAAGAUGAGGCCAAGAAGAAGCAGGCUGAAGCCAAAAAGGCCGACGACGCGAAACGGAAAGAGUUGGAUAUCGACCUCGCCCUCGAACUCGAAGACGAGGCCGAUGCGCAGACGGUGGACGAUGAAAGCUAG